AUGAAUGUCAGCAUUACUUUGAGCGGUAUCACUGUCCACUUAAAGGAAGAUCACAACUUCCACUGGUUGUUCAGAGUUGGUCGAGUAUUCUGCGUAUUCGAUCAGCAAGAUUCGGGCAAUAUAUGCUUUGGCGUCGAGGCGCAAGAUGGAAAACAGUUUAUCAAAUAUGCUGGCGCAAAGCCAACAGAAUUCGAAGGAGAUCCUCGUGAUGCUGUUCAACGAUUGAAAGAGGCUGUUGAUGUUUAUGAAGAUCUCGUACAUGAGCAUUUGAUCGCAUUACGCUCUCAUUUUGCCGUGGAUGGCGGUGGUUACGCGCUCGUUUAUGAGUGGUUCAACGGUGAAUGCUUGCAUCCUCACUGGUCCUAUCCACCACCUGCAAAAUACACGGACUCUCGAUCCCCUUACUACCGCUUUAGACAACUAUCAAUCAAACUACGAUUAGAGGCACUAGAUCACAUUUAUUCAUUUCACAAAUAUACUGAAGCGAAACGUUACGUUGCAAUCGAUUUCUACGACGGCAGUAUUCUGUACAAUUUCGACACACAUACAACUAAAAUUUGUGAUAUUGACUUUUAUCAACGCCAACCCUGUACGAAUACCAACGGUUGGGGAUCACCUCGGUACAUAGCGCCUGAAGAACUAGACCCGACAACACAACUCGACGAAAGAACAAACGUAUUUCGGAUGGGCGCUAUUGCAUUUGGCCUGCUUGGUGGCGAACUCGAUCGAUCCCGAUCAAAGUGGGAAGGGGGAGAAGAACUCUAUCGCAUAGCGCUAAAAGCCGUCGACGACAAUCCAAUGCAACGUUACGCAUCUGUUAGGGAGUUCACAAACGAAUGGAAUCAGUAUACUACUUAA